AUGGCGACCACCCCCGUCCCGAGCCAUAUCACUCUUUAUGAAUUCGCCCAAGUGCUUUCUCGGUAUCCCGCUACCAUGAGCGCUCUCUCAGAGACGAAUUCUGCGCCAAAACUGGCCAAACCAGACGAAUCGUCAGAACUGAGCUCUGAGGAGCUCGACCUUUGGAGACUCAACACACUUCCCGAGGUUGUCAAGGCCAGAAGUAAACCCUGUUUGAUGAAAGAGGAACUCCAGAAGCUACUUGGUUGUAAAAUGGCACGUGGGAAACGUCGUCAAGCCCUCCCAAAACUCAUCUCUAGUAACGAUCCCUCCACUGUGACCGCAGCAACCACUGCAGCAUUCGAUCACCUCCUCGGCGUACCGUCCCCGCCCACUACCGCGCAUAUCAUCGCCUCGUUAAAGGAGCUCACUGAUCCCCUCAAAGGAGUCGGGCCCGCUACAGCUUCCUACAUCCUAGCCAUUAUGGCUCCAGAUACCGUACCGCCGUUCUCAGAUGAAGCGUACCGCUGGAUUUUGCACUCUCCUGGUCGCGAGGGUUGGGGUAAGAAGAUCAAAUAUGACGCAAAGGAAUACAGGACCUACGUGGAAGGAGUUAAGGCACUCGUGGAAAGACUCGGGGGCGAUGUUACUGCAGGCGAAGUUGAGAAGGUGGGAUUUGUCCUGGGAAAAGAGGGCGCUGAAUUUCGCAGCACCCCCGGCCCGGCGGGGGCCACUGGUCUAAGUGGGGUGGAUGCGCUCGAUGCAGCAUUAGGGCUGGAAGGCGGGCAGAAAACAACAACUCCGACUAUUCCAGCUGCUCCGGCGGCCCCGGUUACGGAGUCAACGGUUACGGGGUCAACGGUUACGGGGAAAAGAAAGGCAGAUGAAAAUCGGGAUUCUGAGGAUGAUGCAGAGCCUUCUGAGCCUAGGCCAGUACAGAGGAGGAGGGCGCCGGCACCAAAGCGAGAAAGAGGGCGGUAA